CAUACCGGGUGAGUUCAGUGUCGGUGGCAAAACCACGUGACUGCUGUCAAUUCGGUCCAAGAAUUUGUAAAUUCAGACUCUUGCACACUUCGAAGAUUGCCGUACUUAUGACGCUAAUUCACUGCAAGUGUUCAAAUAGAAUACUUGUAUAAUUAGUAAUAUACUUUUGUAUUAUCAGUUGAUCAUUAUCUCAACCCCCAAAAUCAUGGAAACCGAUCUGUCACAGAAUUUACAAGAAGUCGGCUACAGCGGACCGUUAUUAGAUUCUGAUGUCCUAUCUAAAGCUCUAGAGACUGGUCCGAAGUCUGUGGAGUUUACUCAACUCGUUGCCUGGUUAGCACAGCAACUUUGUGCUUUUGGGGACUUGGAGGAAUCUGUCAAUGCCAUAACGACUCCUGACGAUUCCAGCCACUUCCUUUUAGAACUGAGUUCAUUUCUGAAAGAAUUAGGAUGUGUUAAUGAGAAACUCAUUGGGGGAAAUGUCAAUCAAAGAUUGAGUACCAAGUAUGACAGACUCGUCUUGUUGGACUAUCUUGUUACAGAGCUUGUGACCAGUAAAAUUUUGGGUGCACAAAAAUCUCAACUCAAUCAGCAAUUGGAGGUCACAAUUAAUGAGAGUGAUACAGCAAAAUACCUCAAAGAUAUGUUGCUGGCACUAAAGUUUCAAAAACCUCCUGAUAACAUAAGCGCACAAAUGCUUUUUGCUAAAGUAAAAUCCAAAUUGGAGGACAUUGUGGCUCAAAUUCCUCCUGAGCUACUUGAUGCGCCGUUGUUUGUAGGAGAAUUAUCUAAUGAGCAGUGGGGGCAAUUGGAUGACCUCCAACAGGAUUUCAAAAAGGAGUAUCAAACCAGAAGAGAGAUGUUACUCAAAAGACUUGAUGUCACCAUACAAUCAUUUUUGUGGUCGGAUAAGAUCAAAUCCAAGGAAGAUCAGUUGAAUGCAACUUAUGCCCCGAAGAGGAAUCUCAUGUCUUGUGAGCCAAAUGUUUCUAUCGCAGACCUCUUGGCAGCAAGACGGGACUUGGCUAUUAUUGAAAAAACCAGCAGUGCAGCAGUGCGUAAAAAUACACGAAGUAGAGUCAACCAAGUGUUAAUCGGAGCCGUACCAGAUCGAGGAGGCAGAACCUGUGACCAGGCACCGCCGCCACCUGAAAUGCCUUCAUGGCAAAAAGAUCGUGUAGCUGGGCCACCUUCCUUCAGGGGUGGCAGAGGUGGUGGCCGAGGUGGUGGCCGAGGUGGUGGUGGAUAUCGAGACCAUAAAGACUCUUCAAAGAAUUUUGGUCAAAACCAAGAUGGAUUUCAACCCCAACACCAGCAGUAUCAGCCUCAUUAUGAAAAUAGAGGUGAUCAUCGCGGCGCAAAUCGAGGAGGAGGUAAUGGAAAAGGGAGAGUUCAAGGUGGAUGGAGUGGAAAUGGAGGUUCAAGUGGCUACCAACGUGGGGGUUCGAAUCGCGGCAGAGGACGAGGUGGAUCAUAUUAUUAGAAAUUACCUUUGUGUAUUGAAGAGAAAUAAUUCAACGACAAUUCCACCGUUGGGCUCCUUCAAAUCAUGCAUCAUAAAUCACAGGCCCUAGCAGCGCCUUAAUUUGCCAUAAAAAAUUGAAGAUAACAUAGAACAUUUUUUUGGAAGAGCUUGAAUUUGUCACAAAUAUUUAGGACUGUACUGAUGUAAUAGUGACAUAAAGAUUAUUUAUUAUAGUUCAA